AUGACAAAAAUCCACGAGUUAACUAUAUUUGAGAAAGAUGAGGUUAUUGGACUUCACAAGGAUAAAACUGUAAUUCCCAAUCCUCAUAGCAGGAGACUGCCUCUUUUGAAAGUAAUCAAUAAAUGCCAUUUUAUUCACACUGCUAUUGCUAAUAAAAAGGAUUCUGCAAAUGAAAUAACUGAAAAAUUUAAUAACUUAGGAUUAACUGAGUUAAGUAUAAUUACCGCAAGAUGUGUUCUUCAUGAAUAUAGCUAUCAUGGUCAUGUUG